UUUGUUCUCCAACCACGGCUGUCCAAAGAGGAUGUCUUCCAAGCACACACUGUAACUAAUGUUUUCGGUCGUUAAAAUCACUUGUGAAAAAGAGACAAUUGUUUCAAAAAACAGAAAUGGUUGUGAAUUAUGUCAGUGUAAGUAUAUUUCCAUAUAUUUUCUAUCAGAUGCAGGAAAGCUUAAAUAGAGUGAAUUUAUUUAUUAAAGAAAUCAAUGUAGUCGGAAUUGCUAAAAUAUUUAUUAAACCCUCGUAAAAAAAAAAAAAGAGGUAAAGCCUACUUAGGAGUCACGUGGCACAUUGGGCUGGCUCUAAACUUCGGUUUCCGCAACAUGAAGCGACUGGGAGUUUUAUAACGUCACGUUACCGUAUAAUCUGCCCUUCACGUUAGGUAGAUGUGUUCGAACUGAAUUGAAAAUGAAGAGGUGUUAUAUUCACAGCAAACAAAGGAACAGAAGGACAAAAUAAACAGGUUAAUGUUUAAGAAGGACUUUGCACUUCAGAAUAUUACUUCAUGUGACGGUGACACUUUGCUUCAGGUAAAGCGCUUCCAGUUAAAAUAUAACAGCAUAAAAUUUGCUAAUAGUUUGUUUUUCGAAUAUCAAGAUGUGGCAGUCUUAAAGUCUAGUUUUAAUUGAUAAUAUUCUGAGCAUUGUCUCUAAGGCCUCUUGGCGUACUCUCAACAAAGACAUUGGCAAUCGGAACAUGACCUUUUUCAAUCUGCAUUUGACUUUCCUUGUCCGCUCUCAAAUAAAAUAACUUUGUAAUGCCGCCAUGAUGAUAAAAUAAUCAAAUGGGAAAAAAAAAAGACGAACAAAGCAAAAGGGUACUAUAUAUACACGGCAUAGAAAGACUUUUGUUACCAUAACACCGGUCGAACUGAAAGAAAAAAUUUAAAAGGUUUAGUGGUAUUCGCGUUAUUUUGUGAGCUGUUGUUUGUUUUUCAAGAAAAAAUUUUGUCUACUUAGCUUGGAUGUAAGCUGUUCCAAAACGGAAACGCAAAAUAUUAGCCGAACAUUUCAGUUUUCAUAACGAUGAUUUAUUUAACUCGCGUUCGUUAGCAGGUGUUUACCGGGAUAAAAUUGGUACAUGGAAAUUACCAAAAUGAAAAUUGUUUUACUCUUAUUAUGCCUUUGUGACAUGUGAUUUGUCAGUUGCGUGUAGAUUUCCCACCAGGUCGGAGCGUGACAAGAUAAGGGGCAAGCUGAUUAGAAAUCUUUUGGAUCGGGGCUGUUUAGACUGCUAAAAUGUUGAACGGGAAAACGAACGAUGCUGAAAAGGAUGGGACUGUCAAAGUUGUCGCUCAGAUGAUCGUGUUUACAUUUAUUAUAAUAGCCACAGUUGUGGGGAACGGUUUGAUCUGUAUUUCGGUGGCGAAAUUCCGCCAUCUGAGAACAAACACGAAUUUCAUCUUGCUUAGCUUAGCGCUGACUGAUUUGACAAUGGUGAUCAUAAUGAUUCUUAACGCUACCACAACUGCCAUCGGAGAGUGGAUUUUUGGCAAGUUUUGUUGUCGUGCAAUCGCCUCCGUUGGCCUCACGUUAUCAUUUAUUUCCAUUCUUCAUAUGUGUUUGCUAAGCGUUGAUCGCUACAUAGCCAUCCAGAAACCACUUCGUUAUCAAUUCAUAGUCACAAGAAGAAGGGUGGUAACAAUUUUGUUGCUUAUUUGGCUGUCAGUAAGUGUCAUUUUGAAUAUACCGCUAGCUGACUUUGAGUACCGAGCGGAUACUUACGGUUGCUCAAGUUACUUUAACCGUGACCCCUCUGUAAAUUCCAUGUAUAUUCUCUUUCUUGUGGGACUAUUUGUUAUUUUACCAUUUGGAAUAAUUUUCUUCUCCAACGUUGUUGUCUUCAAAACCGCCUUUACACAAGCCAGGCAGUUGAGCAGAGUCGAACGAAGCCUGCGCGAAUCGUCCGCGGACAUGUGCGAGGAAAGCGAACCACAACACAGGUCGAGAACAGUCGAAACACACUCGUUGAAGCGCGAAAUAAGAUCAGCUGGGACUUUCGCUUUGGUUGUUGGGAUAUUCCUGCUCUGUUAUACGCCAUUUUACACGGCUGGUACUUACAGAAAACUCGCUGGUCCUAUGAAGGUUCCUCGAAAUGUUUUAGUGAUGACAAUGUGGGUUGGGUUUGCCAAUUCGUUUUGUAACCCAGUCGUCUAUGGAUUGAGGUAUUCACCAUUUCGGAAGGCCUUCAAAAAAUUAUGUUCCUUCAGAUCAAAAGGGAACAUUAAGAGAAAUUAUAGUUGUAACUCUUCGAGUGGCCGGUGCGAUCGAUUUGGAACAGUUUUAUCAACGAGUUCUGCGCUGUAAAAUUUAAACUCUCUCUGUUAAGUCGUAAAUGAGCUGUUUUUCUUCUCUAAGGGUUAAAUUUAAACUUAAGUCGGUUGUUUCGCAUUUUGUCUGAUAGCAGGUGCGGAUCAGAAUGUUUUCUCUAUUAGCAAGUCUUAAGUUGACAAUAUCAAAAUGAAAACAAAAAUAUAAUAUUUACAAUGACAAAACGUUAAGCUGGUAGUGAAGGAAGCAAAAGGCUUGUACCCUGUGCACAAAGAAAUCUUUCAUCUUGCACUUUAAAUUCAAAAGAGCUGAGAGCACGUAAUUGCAUUUUGAAAUUGAUAUUCAGGGCGUAUCAAGUUAGUUUUUAAAAUGUAGUCAGGUCCUGCCUGAGAUUAAUAAGGAUUAUUACCAAGUUAUUUGAAUUUGAAUCAAAGAAAAAUGUGUUCAUUUUAAGCUUCUUGCAUCUGACAGCUGUUUCUCAGUCAUCUCACCGCUUUUAUUACAAUGCUGACAAAAUGUCGUUUGUUACGUUUGAAACAAGCCGGUCAAUCUGACCUUGGUACGGUAAGGGAAUUAUUUUCAGGAAAAAUUGAAGCGAGCUGAAUAGAAUACUAAACAAGGAAAUGGCUGAGCUCUUCUCAGCAAAGGGAAAACCAUAAUACGUUAGUCGCUGACACAGCUGAGCAACGGACAAUAUCUAUUUAUAAAUGAAGCAUCGCCAUACGAGAGGUUCAAGAGUAAAAACAGCACGGGACUGAGACGUGUUUUAUCUUUUCAUGCUGUGAUAGUGCACUUAUUGAAAGGAUUCGCCUGAAGAACUACUUUAAAAAGAAUGAUUCUCUUGUGUGUUUUCGUUUCACAAAAAUUUAAUUUGUAUAAUGUGGGCGAAAACAAUUUGCUUGGAAAUACCUUAUGUGCAAAUUUUUUUUUUGUUCGUUUAAAUGCCUCGUGUUUAAUAAUUAAUGUUAUGAAAAGACAGUGAAAUGGGGAAAAGGAGAUAUUAUA